AUGCGUUUCACCAUCCUCACUGCUCUCGCCUUUGUCGGCCUUUCCAUGGCUGGCUCGAUCCCCUCUGGAGGGAAGUGCAAGCAGGACGGAAGCCUGGGUAACUGUGAAUCCAAUCUCUGCGUGCAAUUGGCCAGCGAGCCCUUCGGAAAGUGCAAAUAA